GACCAAAACAAUUAUUCCUCUCACCCUUAUGGCCUCUGAGUCAAUAGCCCAUGAGGCCGAAUUGACUCAGAGCCCAUUCGGGUUCAAGGAAUAUAAUAAUUAUUAUUGUUAAGUAUUGGUAAAUAGGUUUCAUUUGAAUGGUCACACCAUAAGAUUUCCUCUAAAGGUUCAAAAGUUAGAACUAUACAGACAAAACAAAUAGUACCUUGUGAAAGUACUGCUGAAGAGGUUUCAUUAUAAUAAUUAAUGUUUGGAGCAAAGAGAUCUGAGAGAUAUGUGACUGUUAUAAAAGUGAGCCAGAUUUCUGUUCUCUCCGACGCGUAUUAGUUCUAUGACUACAUAGGGAGCCCAAGCCUUAUUAGCCUCUUGAUUUCUUCUGGGCUUCGUUGCCAGUUUAUCAUUUUUUUAUUCAUUUAUAUUUUCCUUCCUUUGUCAAACUAAGUGAACUGAGUGAAUGAAUGGAUGCAAUAAACUGUCGCUGUCUAAAGAGCUUUUUUGCUUUCCCUUUAUUCUUCAAUUCUGUUUUUAAAGAAUUCAUGUUUGUUUUUCCAAAUAGGUUAUCACAAUAUUUUCAGCCUCAAAUUACUAUGAGCAGGGAAGCAACAGAGGGGCAUACAUGAAGAUUGGCCCAGAUAUGAAGCCUUACUUCGUCCAAUACCAAGUAUCCAAGACAAAGAAGCAUCUUACACUUAAACAAAGGUUUGUUCGCACUUGUUGACUACAACAGAGAGGAAUUAUUUUUAUCAUGACAAGGGAUGGAAGAAACCAAAUCAAAAGAAAAAAGUGUAAACCAUUAAUCUUUUAACCUCCUUUGUCUUAAAAGCACCCCCCUCCCCACCUGUCCCUGACCCUCACCCCCAUUUCGAGAAAGAAAGUCUUAGCCCGAUUCUCUUUAACCACCAUUAUUUAUUAAUGUUAUUAUUCAUUUAUUUAUUUAUUUACACCACCACUUCUAACGUCAGAUUACAGUAUUACAUUCAAUUUGAGAUAAAAUUCAUAGAACCAUGAUACAUGAGUGUGACAUCUUGAUAAUCAGGUUUUCAUGGUCUUUGUUUUUCUCUAGGGUUGGUAUUGUGGAAGAGUCGGCUAUACGAGAGCUAAAAGAAAGAUUAUAUGCGAACAAAACAGCUUUAAUGGCAGCAUUUCUCGAAAGAGACAAAGAAAACACAGGUACGAAUUCACUGUAUUGCUUUUGGGCGUCACUCGUGCUUGCAUCUUCUUUAGUAGACUUUUGGAUGACUCUUAUUUGCUUUAUAUCAAGUUUUUUCACCAAGCACCAAAAUUCGUCAAAACUCGCAACUUUUAUUUUGUACCAUGUGAAAGUACUGCUCAAGAGUUUUCAUGUCAAAGGUUGCACCAUAGGAUUGAUUUCUUACACAGACUCAAAAGUUAGAACUACGUACAAAACAAAUAGUAUCUCGUGAAAGUACCGCCGAAAAAGUUUCAUUUGAAUGGUCACAGUAGGGUUGUCAUUAAGAGCCGGGGGCCGGGGAUUUUCCCCGGCUACUAAGAGAGUGGCCCCCAGCUACUUUUAUUGGAAAAUAGAAGAAAAAUAGAACCACAAGAAAUGCCUAGCCGUUUGAUUCCCCGCCUACUUGUUGUAUUUACCCGGCAACUUGAAAUCUUAGUGACAACCCUGCGGUCACACCAUAGGAUUUCAUCCACAAACUUUAUAGUUAGGACUACAUACAAAACAAAUAGUACCAUGUGAAAGAAGUGUUGAAGAAGUUUAUUUGAAUGGUCGCACCAUAGGGUUUCCUCUAUCAACUCAGAAAUUUGAGGACGUACAAAGCAAAUACUGUAGUACCAUGUCAAAGUAGUGCUCAAGAGGCUUUACUUGAAUGGUCUCAUCAUAAGAUUUCUUACACAGACCAAAAAGAUAACUGAACUACGUCGCUUGUCAUCUUAUUCGACUCCUCAGUGAAAGAGUGGAUUAAUAAUUCUUGUUGUUAUAGGCUACAUUACUGGUGGUCAGUGGAGCAGUGCAGUAGAGAGCGUGUUGAAGUUAGACGUACCAUGGAACAUGUUAAGACGUCAACUUGCUCAUGUUCUCCCAGACGGUAGAGUGGAUUAUCUCUCGUGUCUAGAUCAGUAUGUUAUUGAAACAGGACUACAAAAGGCAAGGAAGAGUUUGCUUCAAUUACGGUAUUUUUUCGAUUAAACCCCUUGGGCGCUUUUUAAAAAGCGAGAUUCGUUCCCUAUCGCCUCACCCAUUUUCGCGCUCGGCUCAGAGCUGCGUCGUGCAGUAUAUUGUAGUGGUACUUGCAGACAUUGCAAGGUAGUAUAAAUUAACAAUGCUGCAAACGUAUCUGCACCUGUCAUUAAACCACUUGGUUUUACCACUAUGGGGCUGAUUUAGCAAGGCAACAGAAACGUCAGUUGACGACGGCGCGCACAAAUCAAACAACUGGCGUGACCAAUGGCAGAGCAGUAAAUUGGGCACCGGAAGUUGCGUUUAGUCCUUUCCGCGCUCUUUCCCGCCCUCAGCUGACGUUCCCCAUCCGUUGCCAAAUCAUGAUUCAUGCAACCCUCCCACGGAGUUGUGUCAAGCCUCUCAAUGCACAGAAGAGAAAAGCGGACUGCAAGCAGUCUAGUUACAUGUAUGUAAGUUCUGUUUUCUUUUCUCUUUGUAGAAUGGCCCAAGUAUCACUGAAACACUUUAUAGGAAUAGAUCCAACUUGGAAACAAUAUUCCGAAUGAUGGAUAAAGAUAACUCAGGUACGAUACAUGACGUGUACAGUUCUUUGUUCUUUAGUGAAUGAGGAAGCGUAAUAUUGGCGUUCAGAACAAAAUGAACUAGAUCCGUCCCUUUAAUUCCUUUCAUUGUUGAUUCAAUAUAUUCCCCCCAUUCUGAUUGGCUAAAAGCACACGCAUAAUGCACCAUAACCAGCUAGUCAUGACCAAAUUUGGAAGAAUUUUGCGAUUAAUCAACCGAUGACGUCAAAGGUGCAGCUUCCUUGCAGGUUAAUGCACCGUUAGCCGAGAAAAGCUGGGGACGAGGUUGAGUUGUUUUGCUUGUGAAAACAAAAAUGGCGAACAUUUCACUAGUUUCAAGAGUAAGAACUAGGCGAAAAAAUAGCUAAAAAUAUGGCAAGAAGACAACUCGAAGGGCGACAUCUGCUAUUUGGAGAAUAUUUGCGGAGCUGAACAACCCUAAACGUCCACUGUCGAAGAUGAACUUAACAUCGAUGGAGGUAAGCUAUUUUAGCUAUGUUUUUAAACUAGGAAUUAUUCUGAAUGAAUAAAAAAACAAUUAUUGAAUUCGGCUUUCGUAUAAUAUGAAGAAUUAUGGAGAUCUCGGAGGGUGACUAUAAUUCUGUAUAAGAUACUCAGCCUCAUUCAUUAAUUGUUAAAUGUAUCUAUGAUCUAUUCAACAGGUUUAGUGUCGAUGGAAGAAUUUGAGGAGUGCUGUCGUCUGUUAAACGAGCACACAAAUUCAAACAUCCCUUUGGACUCAAUCGAAGACUUGGCGAGAAGCAUUGAUAUGGAUAAAGACGGCCACAUCGAUUUUAAUGAAUUCUUGGAGGCAUUCAGACUCGUCGACAGUUCGAACUCGGCUGUUACAGCAUCGACUUUGUCUCUGAAACGCCCAUCACCCGUGAACUCGAUACAUAUUAUUUCCUAGUUUGAGCUCAGUCGUGGUUUCAUUCCUGUCUCGUAAUGGCCAGCAAAUUUCCAGAACGACGAAAGGUCCCAAAUGAAAUCCUCCUCAAGUACUUUUGCGAUUUGUGCCGGUUGUUUACCACAGAGUCACAAGUUACGGAACUGCCUGGUGCAGCAGAAAACCUUGAUCACAGAAAAAAAAAACAUCGAGGAACAAUUGCCUCGAAGCAGCGCUCCACCAAUCACUCUUCAAGUUUUUUUUCAAACAAGAGCGUUCGCCUAAUUGGAGACUUGAGGAUUGUUGAAAGAACCUGUCCACACUUGGUACCCGGGAACCAGUGCCUUGGUACCGGUACAAAAUGGUGUUGUGUUCACAGUUUGAGUACCCGAUCUGAGACUGUGUUCAAAGUUACUCCAUUUCGCCUUGUCAGACUCCAUUUUGAGACAUGACAUGAGCUUAGCAACUGGUACAAACUGAAGUAGUGGGCUGCCCCAGAACUAACAAAAACGGUGUGCACACAGUGAUCCGGUGACCACUUUUGUGCGACGGAAUACUAUUGUGAGUUCUUGAAAAAAGGGUAUGUUCACAUUAGUGCCCGGCGAGUACAGCGGAAAAUGGAACACAGAAAAAAAACACAGCCAAGUACUGUUUAGAAACAUAACUAGACUCCUACAUUAUGGAACAACCCAGUACAACAGAAAAGUGUGUCGUAGAAAGAAUAGGACAGUUCCCCACAGGGGCAGCACUGAACUCGAAUGUGUCAUGGCCGAUGAGAAUGAAUCAGGGGGAUAUUUGGUGCCGAUCCCAACCGUGUCCGUUUUUAGAGAGAGCUUUCUGAGUUUCUGUAUAUAACGGCAAAUGUUUUGUCUCUCUUAUGUGCACUAGUGGUUAGUUGAAUCACGUGGCUGCCUGCCUGAAAAGUAAAUUUCAAUUCUGAUGUUAAAGUUGGCGCAUUCAUGAGCCAUGUUACAGAGCAGGAAAAUUUAUUUAUAAAGACUUAGUGGUACAUUCUCUAAAUUUAGCCGCGUUCAGUGUAAGGUCAGAAACCGUAAAGAAUAAAAACAAGGAAAC